GAUACAAAGGAAGUGGUUUCACAUUCUUCACCGGAGUCUGAAGGCUGCGUGGUGCUUUUUCCUGACAGUUUCUCAGUUAUCAGCAUCUGUGCACCUACGCUGUGCCUAACGCUGUGACCUGUACACAACCUUCCGAUCAGCCUCCCUCCCCACCUCUCGAUGGGAAAGCUGAUUUGCCAUAAGGAUGGAUACCACGUCCAUCCUUGAGGAGUUUCUCAUCAAACGCUCACAGCAAAAACGAAGAACUUCACCCUCCAACUACAAAGAUCGAUAUUUCAUUCUCACCAAAUCCAGACUGGCUUACUACGAGUGUCGUACAGGGAAGAAACUCAACAUGAAAGGAUCCAUCGACAUCUCCAAGAUCAAGUGUGUGGAGAUCGUGCUGAGUGACAUCAGUUUCCCUUGCAGCUACAAAUACCCGUUCCAGGUUGUUCAUGAAAAUUAUAUUUUGUACGUAUUUGCACCCAGUAAAGAAAGUCGACAAAAGUGGGUGAGCGCCCUGAAAGAAGAAACUAAGAACAACAAUAUUCUGAUCCCUAAAUACCACCCAAAUUUCUGGACUGAUGGCUACUGGAGAUGUUGUGCACAGCCAGAUAAGUUGGCUAUGGGAUGCCUGUUAUAUGAUCCUAACAGAGACUCCAAGAAACCUCUUCCCCCGACUCCGGAACUUAACAAGUGGAAACCCUUGCCACCAGAGCCAGUGGAGCUGGGGGCAGAGCCAGAGAUGGAGUUCGUGGUGGUGGCUCUGUAUGACUUCCAUGGUCAAAAUGCGCAGGACCUGUCACUGGUGAAGAGCGAGGAAUAUGUAAUCAUUGAGAAGAUUGAUGCAAACUGGUGGCAUGCACGUGAUAAAAAUGGGAUGACCGGGUAUAUCCCCAGCAGCUACGUGGUGGAAAAGAGCCCUGAGAAUCUACAGGCCUAUGAGUGGUACAACAAGAACAUCAGCCGGAACAAAGCAGAACAUCUGCUUCAGAAAGAGGGCAAACAAGGAGCUUUCAUGGUGAGGGAUUCGAGACAGGCUGGAAUGUACACAGUCUCGGUCUUCAUUAAAGCGACCAGUGAGAGCAAUUCUGGGGUCAAACAUUACCACAUCAAAGAAACCGAUGACACUGUCAAACGCUAUUAUCUGGCAGAAAAACACAUCUUCGAUUCCAUUCCAGAACUUAUCAACUACCACCAGCACAAUGCGGCAGGUUUGGUCACUCGGCUGAGAUACCCAGUGUCUUCAUGGAAAGAAACAGCUCCUUCAACAGCUGGCUUUAGUUACGGGACCUGGGAAAUUGCAGCCACCUCCCUCACCUUCAUUGAAGAGGUGGGCAGCGGUCAGUUUGGCAUUGUGCACAUGGGUUACUGGAAGAACAAGUACCAGGUGGCCAUCAAGAUGAUUCGGGAAGGAGCAAUGUCUGAGGAAGACUUCAUCGAAGAGGCUCAAGUCAUGAUGAGACUCUCUCAUGAGAAACUUGUGCAGUUGUACGGUAUCUGUACACAGAAUGGCCCUAUCUACCUCAUCUUUGAAUUUAUGAAGUAUGGUAGUCUGUCAGAGUACCUCAGGACCAAACGUGGCAGUUUCAGCAAGGAAACCCUCCUGGGUAUGUGCCAAGAUGUGUGUGAGGGGAUGGCCUAUCUGGAAAGCAACAAAUUCAUCCACCGUGACUUGGCAGCCAGAAACUGUUUAAUAGGAGACUCGCAGUCAGUUAAAGUAUCAGAUUUCGGAAUGACAAGGUUCGUGCUUGAUGACCAAUACACCAGCUCCUCAGGCUCAAAGUUCCCAGUCAAGUGGUCAGCUCCGGAAGUUUUCAGAUACUCCAAGUUCAGCAGCAAAUCUGACGUCUGGUCAUUUGGGGUGCUGAUGUGGGAAGUCUUCUCCGAGGGCAAGAUGCCGUACGAAAAUCGUUCGAAUUCUGAUGUGGUUGAAGAACUCACUGCUGGAUUUCGCCUUCAUAAGCCAAAACUGGCCUCUCCAUUCAUUUAUAAAAUCAUGAGCAGUUGCUGGCAGGAGAGACCAGAGGAGAGGCCUACGUUUUUUGACCUUCGGAAUGAAUUAAGCGAGCUGUCUGAAUCCGGAGAAUCGUGAAUGGUGACAAAGAGACUGUACAUCUUUAAAAUUGAAUAAUUCAUUGGGAACAUGAGAACAUUUUCAAUGCGGCGUACUGUUUAUUAAAUAUUUAUUUAUUAC